CACUCGGGCUCGCGCUCCUGCCACCUCGAGACAUCCCGGGUGAGUCCGAGCUUCGUUUGCAGGUCGCACGCGCGUCUUGGGACGCCGAGGUGACAACCAGACGUCUGUCCGGCCGUUGUUCUCCAAGACUGAAGUUGGACACCAGCAGACGGCAGAGGACACCGGAGGUUUUCUCUCUCCGCUGUAACCGUGACUUUGUAGCUUGAGGGUCAAAUCAAACGGAGAAGAAAGCAUGCAGACGCACAAAGACGCACAAAGAGAAACAUUCCCCACCGCCUGCGUCGCACACGACUGGGACCACGAAGAGGAGGAGAAAAAGAUCCCCAAAAACUAGACCGCUGAAGGGAAGUGAGCAGCUACUCUCAGGGAAGGAGUGUGUCCGAUGGGUGGCGGCGCCGCCCGGCUGUACGGCGCCCUGACUCCUCCCCUCCCCCCCACGUCGCCCCAGCCCGCCGACGCUAACCUGGAUCCAGCUUUCUGCCAGGGGCGGAGGUCGUCCUCCGCGUGUCCCUCCGAUCCGGCGGCGCUGCUCCGGCAGUGUGAAGACGCCCUCGGGGCGGACCGAGCGCCUCGCCUCCACAGGACGUUCACUCGCGUCACCGAUGGCGACGGCGUCCCCGGCAACGGCGUCCGGGUGAUGCAGUGGAACAUAUUAGCCCAAGCUCUCGGCGAGGGACUGGACGGCUUUGUCCGGUGUCCCCCGGAGGCCCUCAGUUGGUCCCGCAGGAAGUACCUCAUCCUGGAGGAGAUCCUCACCUACAGGCCUCACAUCCUGUGUCUGCAGGAAGUGGACCACUACCACGACACCCUGCAGCCGGUCCUGGCGGGCCUCGGCUACGGCGGCCACUUCUGCCCCAAGCCGUGGUCGCCGUGCCUGGAGGUGGAGGGCAACAACGGCCCCGACGGCUGCGCGCUGUUCUUCGACCGGUCGCGCUACGAGCUGCUGGACAGCGUGAACGUCCGUCUGGCCGCCAUGCGGAUUCCAACCAAUCAGAUCGCCGUGUUGACGACGCUGCGUUGCCGGAGCUCGGGGACACGCGUGUGCGUGGCCGUGACUCACCUGAAGGCGCGUUCCGGCUGGGAGUGGCUCCGCAGCGCCCAGGGCUCCGACUUCCUGGGACACCUCCAGAACCUGGUCCGGGACCCGGCCGGUGACCCCGCCGCGUCAGCCGCCCCUCUGUUCGUGUGCGGGGACUUCAACGCGGUGCCGACCGAGGAGGUGUACCGGCGCUUCGCCGCGUCGCCUCUCGGUUUGGACUCGGCGUACAAGAAGCUCGGCGAGGACGGGGCGACCGAGCCGGAGUUCACGUCGUGGAAGAUCCGGUCCACGGGGGAAUGCCGCGCCACGCUGGACUACAUCUGGUACAGCCGGGACUCGCUGAGAGUGGACCGGGUUCUGGACGUGCCCACCGAGGAACAGAUCGGGCCGAACAGGCUUCCGUCGGUCAGCUAUCCAUCGGACCACCUCUCUCUGGUGUGUGACUUCAGCUUCAAGGAGAAGGAGUGAGGAAGGAAACGAGGAGGAGGCGAUGCCGAGGAGAGACGACGCCUAGAAGAGGAAGAGGAGGCGACGAGGAAGCCAUGCAGUCGAGAUCGGCUGCGGUCGGCUUGAACGCCAGAAGGAGGCGGGGCUUACAAGACGCUAUUUUGGAGUGACAGGUGGAAGAUGACGACGACGACAAGUUACAGAAGAAAAAAAAGUUGUUUAUUUUUGACUGGAUGGAACGGUCGGAUAAUUUAUGACAGAAGUCGCAGAGGAUGCUGCAACAACAACAAUAACAACAACGUCUACCUGCACAUGGAGUAAUGGAGGAAACUGUUGUAAAUGUUGUGCUUCAAACUGAACGGCAGUGACUGAGAAUAAAGACGUAUAGUUUACAUUCAA